GGACACGGCUCGAGACCCCGCCCCCUGCGUCACCGCCGUGAGGGGAGUGAGAAGCCGUUGGCUGCUGCAGCGCGGGACGCCUUUUGUCGCUGUUGUGGCCGCCGCUGCCGCCGCCGUUGCCUGGGCGGAGGAUCCCGAGCGAGCGAGCGAGUGAAUAUUAAUAAAGCAGCGGAAAGAAGAAAUAUGAAUAAGGCUCCCUCACGGUCCAGCCCAGCACGAAGAGAGACCUUUGCAUAUGGAGAGAGAGAUGCAAGGCGUGAUCGCUCUCCUAACCGGGGCAGUCCACGGAGAGAACCUCGGGAUGGCAGAAAUGGCAGAGAUUCCAGGGAUGCGCGGGAUAUCCGGGUUAGAGAUGUUCGUGAUGCCAGAGACCAUAGAAAUCCCAGAGAUUUCCGGGACCCCAGAGAUCCACGAGACACCAGAGACAUGAGGGACCCUCGGGACUUGCGAGAUCCUCGGGAUCCACUCUUAGAGCGUUACCGGGAUGCGCGGGAGCCACCCUACAGGCGGGAAGAGGGCUACGACCGCUGUGUGCGUCCUGAGGAUUACUACCGGAAAAGGGACGACUCCUAUUAUGAUCGUUACCGAAAUCAUGCAGACAGACCCCCCUUGAGUGCUGAAGAGCGUAUGAAGCGUGAGGAACGUCGCCGGGAGGAUCUCUACCGCCAGUACUUUGAGGACAUUAAGAGGCGCAUCGAUUCGGAGCGGCCUGUGGACUGUUCCGUGAUUGUGGUCAACAAGCAGACCAAAGAGUAUGCCGAGUCCGUGGGCCGGAAGGUGCGUGACCUGGGCAUGAUGGUGGAUCUGAUCUUUCUCAACUCGGAGAUGUCUUUGCAGCAAGCCCUCGACGACGUGAGCCGAGGGGGGUCUCCUUUUGCCAUUGUCAUCACUCAGCAGCACCAAGUCCACCACUCCUGCACGGUCAACAUCAUGUUUGGCACCCCCCAAGUCUUUCCUGCCACAGAGCACCGGAAUAUGCCACAAGCCGAUGCCAUGGUGCUGGUGGCAAGGAACUAUGAGCGUUACAAGACUGAGGUUCGGGAGAAGGAGCGUGAGGAAAUAGCCAGACAGGCUGCCAAGAUGGCUGACGAAACCAUUCUGCAGGAGCGAGAGCGGCCCCCGCCUGUGGAGGAGGGCCUCCGGGGGGCCCACCCCCCAAGCAUCCAGGCUCUCCUGAACUUGCUGGCAGACAACCGCUAUUUGACUGCCGAGGAGACAGACAAGAUCAUCAACUACCUGAGAGAGCGCAAGGAGCGCCAGCUGCGAGGAGGUGGCAGCGGCGGCGGCGGCGGCGGGGACUCUCUUCCUGCUUCGCUUCCCCGGCAGGCGCUUGGCUCCUCGCUGGCCAACCCGGCCAGCCUGCCCAGCUCUCAAGCCCAUUCGAGCAGCCAGCCUCUGAUGCCCUCGGCCUCGGCCCCGGCCGCUUCGACUCCCCAGCAGGAGCUGCAGGCCAAGAUCCUCAGCCUCUUCAACAGCGGGGCAGCAGCUGCCGUAGCAAACAGCAGCCCCGCCGUGGGAGCCACGCAGAACCCCGGCUUUGCCACGGUCCCCAGCACUCCGAGCCGGGCUGGCCAGCUCAGCGGGGCGGGCUUGCCCCAGUCCCAGCAGCGGGCCCCAGGCCAGGGUGCCCAGUUCUCCAGCCACCCCGGGCCUGCCCGAGGUGCGGGCCCCCGAGCUGCAGCCCAGCAGCCCUCCCAGCCACUCUACCAGAACCGGGCCCCGGCCCCCAGCAACGCCGCUGCCACGCGGCCCGCACCGUCUUCUGGGAUCAACUUUGACAACCCGAGUGUGCAGAAGGCUCUUGACACACUCAUCCAGAGCGGCCCUGCGCUCUCCCAUCUGGUGAACCAGACCGUGGGUCAGGCACGGGCAGUGCCUCCUGGCCAGCAGCCUUUGGGCUCUUACCAGAGGCACUACUAAUGCCUGCCUCCCCGUCUCGGAUGCCCUUGAUGAGCAUGGCCCUUCCCCACGCCUCCUCACCCCCCCCCCCGCGCCCCCCGCAGCCAGGCCUCUGGACUUCCACCUCCGUGUGCUGCAGAAGGCUGCCCGGGCUCUGUGGUGCUGCUCCUCCCCCUCCCGAGCCUUUGAUGCUGGAGCUGCUUAGCCCCUUCCUCGGGUGGCUGUGUGGGACCGGAGGCCCUACAGGUGGGCGGGCGGGCGGGCGCCAGCAAGGGCCGAGGGGCUGCUAGUCUGGGGGGCAGCGGGAUGGGACCUUGUGCCCUGUGAGCUGCUGUGCCUCACGGGGAUCCUUGCCCAGGACUCGGGGGGCUGGGGCUUCUCGCCAGGGUGCCCCCCCCCCCGGGCAUGCGCUGCCUGCAGUUCUUGUCGGGCUGCUCUUCCAGGCUCUGCAGUGCGGCUUGGUCCUUCCCGAGAGAGCGGAGAGACGCCUCUGUGUUGCUUUUGGUGUUGACUUGGGCCUGUUGGGCGCUGCACACGCCCCCUGCAUUUGGAUUUGUCCACACUUGACAGUUGACUUUCAGUAGAUGUCAGGCGGAGGCCCUUUGUGGCGGGGCUGCCUGCUCCGAGGCAGCUCUUGGGGGCCAAACUGCUUCACCCCAUUCCUGGAGCUGUAGAUGUUCUGUUCUUGAAUGGUUUUGUCAUGUAGAUUCCUCUGUACUGUUAACAAGAGGAUAUCACUUUUUAAUUAAAAAAAAUUAAAUCCAGUA